AUGGCGGGUGCCAGAAUACCUUCAGCAAUUACUGCUUUCGCUCUCCAGCCCUCCAACAAGCUGCAGGCUUUGUCUCGGUUUCCACGGAUCAGCCAAGCUUUUCUCCCUGUGUGCUCACGUGCCUCAUGUUCUUGGGCUAAACAUGGCGCUUCCUUACGGACUGGAGUGCUGUCAGGAUCCAAAACCUACAAAUCAUCUCGUUUAGAGAGCAUCGGAGCCUUCAGCACUUCGACAUUUCGCGGUAUCGGCUCUGAGAAUGGAAAGAAUGUCUCACCACAGACUUCUGUCAAUGGGCAGGUACAAGAGCAUGCAGAAUCACCUUCAGCAAUCUCAAGUCUUACCUCAACACUGAAGGCCAAGGCUCGACACGAGCAAGUCUGGAACGUCCCGAAUAUCCUUACAUUCUCUCGUUUGUUAGCAACCCCAGCAGUCGGUUAUCUCAUCAUCCACGACCACCAUCUGUACGCCUUCUCCCUGUUUGCCUAUGCUGCUUUCUCCGAUCUGCUCGAUGGCUGGAUAGCUCGACGCUGGAAUCUGCAAACCGUUGUGGGAAGUGUUGUAGACCCCAUGGCCGACAAGUUCCUUAUGACAACCCUGGUCGCCUGUUUGGCUGUGAAUGGGAGCAUGCCGCUACCUCUAGCCACCAUUAUACUUGGAAGAGAUGUCAGUCUUGCCGUGUCCGCGCUCUACUAUCGCUACGCGAGUCUUCCCGCUCCGAAGACAAUGGCGCGAUACUGGGACUUCAGCCUUCCGAGCGCCGAGGUACAUCCGACAAACAUCUCCAAGUUCAACACCUUCCUUCAACUCAGCUUGUUAGGCACACUUCUUUGCACCAACCUUUUACACGACCCUUCGGCUACUUCUUCCGCAGCAGGCGGUCUUCUGCUCUCAAUUCAGGAGUUGUUGGGCGGUGAGGAGGGUGUUAAAACCAUGAUCACUGGUAUGUCAGCUAUCGUCGCCAGUACGACACUCUAUAGCGGACUGGAAUAUACUUGGUUGAAGGACGCAGUCAAGAUUUUAGGUGGAGAUGAGGAGUUGAAAAGGAAGCAGGGACUCAGAGGUCGAAUGAUUAUGGCGACUAGCUAUGGAGCUUUCAUCGCGCUUGCGAUAGCUUUUUGGUACAAGGGACAGAAUAAGCCAGAAGAUGCAGCGGUGAAGGAGAAAAAUUAAGGAUGGGUUAUGCUCAAAGUAUUCUCAAGCGUGGUACUGUAUCUCAUCAUUGAAAAUGGGAUAUUGAAAGGCUUCAUACAACAUCCUUCCUUUCUUCAUAGCACCGUCUUCUAGAGCAUGUAAACGAAGCUCAGAUCCAAAAUCAACAUAUUGC